AUGGAAUAUCUUAACCCAACAAAGGCUGGGAUACAACGCCAAGAUGCAUUGCUUAAAAACCUAGUAGAAGAAUUGAAAGAGAAGAGAUAUUUUCUCGUGCUUGAUGACGUCUGGAACGAAGAUCCUAACAAAUGGAGCAAUUUGCUGACUUGUUUGUCAAAACUUCACAGUGCCCGGGGAAGCGUCGUUAUUGUCACUACUCGUAGUGCCACUGUUUCAUCGAUCACGGAAAAAAGGGCAUUUCCAGAUGGUAGUGCUCCUAUUGCAAAGGAUAUAGAAACAAUUGGAUGGGAGAUUGCAAGAAAGUGUGCUGGUAUACCGUUAACGGCAAAGUACUAA